AUGUCAGAAGGGAAAACAGACACGCUACAGGGACAGCCAAAGGCUGUGACUGCUGAAGCUGUUGAGACGCCUUUUGCUGUUGCUGCUGAAGCUGUGCUCUUGGCAGGCGCUCCUGUACCGGAUGCCCUUAUAACGGAUGCUCCUAUGACGGAUGUUCUUGUAACGGAUGCUCCUGUCACGGAUGCUCUUAUAUUGGAUGCUCUUGUAUCAGAUGCUCCAGUAACAGAUGCUCUUGAAACGGAUCCUUCUAUAGAUGAACCUGGAUCAGUUCCGAAUGAAGGGGCCACUGGGGGAGCCACCGGGGGAAGCACUUGGGGUGUUACCAAGGAGGGCGUUACUGGGGGAGGCGAUAUGCUGCUACAGUCUACAGAUGAUGAGGAGACAGAGGAUGAGUGCAGCAUAGAAGAAGGUUCCUUUAAUGCAGAGGGAAUGGAGAAAGACGGGCUUGAAUUUGGCUGCAGAGAGCAAGGCGAGGCCGUGCAUGCUAGCAGGGAGCAAGGCGAGAUCAGGUCAGCAGCAGAGGUUGGGGCUACAGGCACGGAUGUGAAGCGAGAGGCAGAGGAGGAAGAGGGAAGUGCAGAGGAGGAAGAAGCAGCAGCAUACCUGUCGCCGCAGUUUCCGGGCGAGCAUGUUGCGUUCGUGCCGCCGCCGAGCCUCGCGCCGAGCCUCGUGCACAAGCAGUUCUUUCCGAACCUGCAGAACCCGAUCCUGUGCCCGGUUCGGAUUUUGGAUGAGGAGGCUCGGAUGCGCCCGCCCGGAGCUGCGCCGAGCCUGUUUCUGUCGGCGAAGUUUUCUCGUGUGCCUUCUUUCGGGCCCCUGAACAGCUACGCCCGCCACCCCAUGGGGCGAACCAACCUGGCUCGCUCCGCCUCUAAUCCUUGCCCCUUCUCCCCCUCUUCCCUCCCCACCUUCUUUUCCCCAAAUAACACCUGCACCAGCUACGCCCGCCACCCCAUGGGCCGAACCAACCUGGCUCGCUCUGCCGCCCACCUGGCAGAUGCUGCCGGGCUGACCCACGUGGGCAGGAGAUUCUUCAGGGGGGGGGGAGGGGGGGAAGAAGGGGAAGAGGGGGAUGAGGUCGGGCAAGGGAAGGAGGAGGGGAGGUAUGGGGGAGGGGAUGGCGGAGGAGGGGUGGAGGCGAGAGGGGAGAUGGCGGGGGAAGGGGAGUUGCAGCAGCUGGUGGGAGGUCAGGUUGGGAACCAGGUGGGGAAACAGAGCCAGGUGAAUCAACAGAUUCAGGCGAAUUCUCAGGUGCCGUUGAACCAGUCUCAGGGGGAAGGAGGUGUCAUGGGGGGACCGAUGGGGGAGACAUUGGGGGGAACUAUGGGGGAAGGGAUGGGGGGAGGUGCAGGAGAAGAGAUGUGGGGAGGGACCGCUGUUGCUACAACCACUCAAUUGCAGGGGCAGAAAAACGGGCAGAUAAAAGCACAUGGGUCUGCACAGGAGAAGACCCUUGGGAAUCGGAACAGUAGAAAGAAGCUGCACAAGGUGCAGAAGGUGCAAAGUCAAGGAGACGUUUUUGACUCGACUCAAAAACAGAGUCAAGGAGACGAGGAGAAUGAGAUACAGAAUCAAAUCCGGACUUCUCAGUUGCUGCAGCAGCUGCAGGGGUAUCAGACGGAGUAUAUCCAGCUACAGUCGCAGUUGCAGCAGCUACAGUUGCGCAUGGGGCAGAUACAGACACAGCUCGCCGCCCGGGGGGUGGACGUGUCUGUGGAUGGCAGAAAUAUCUUUCCAACUGCUGGCCCUGGUGCUUCCGUUGCUGCUGCUGGUGUGAUGGGUGCUUCUGGUGUGAUGGGUGGUGGUGGUGUGAUGGGUGCUAGUCGUGUGAUGGGUGGUUCUAUGGGUGGGGUCAUGGGUGGGGUUAUGGGGGGUGGUAUGGGAGGGGUUAUGGGGGCACAGGGAAUGGCAGGGAUGCGAGCAGGGGUGAUGGGAGCAGGAGGAGGGGCAGGAGCGGGACAUAUGGGGGUUAUGGGGGCAGGCGGAAUGGGAGGGGCAGGGGGGGGAGUAUUGAGAGGGGGAGUGAUGGGAGGGGGAGUGAUGGGCGGAGGAGUAAUGGGCAGGGCAGGCGCAGGGGUUAUGGGGGCAGCAAGAACGGGAGGGACAGGGGCAAGGGUAAUGGGGGCGGAAGGAAUGGGAGGGUCAGCGGCAAGAGUAAUGGGGGCGGAGGGAAUGGGAAGGGUAAUGGGGGGAACAGGAAUAUUGAUUCACCCUGGUGUGACUGUAAGUGGAGGAGGGGGCGCGUUGCUUCCCCACAGUGUGCUUGUAACGGGGGUGAAUGCCCCCCCUUAUAACGCACACCUGUCUCCGGUUCAGCAGAUGCGGCAGGAGCAGAGGUGGAAGGAGAGACAGAAGAAGCAGCAGAAUGCGGACGAGUGA